AUGACGCUGGAACAAUCAUCGAAUGUGCCGUUUAAAAAUGGACAGAAAAUCAAAUUGUCUUCCUGGUAUAAAGUCUCCCCAUCUAUAUUCCAGAGAAAUUCAUGUGAUCGCUCGUGCCAAGACGCAGCAUUCGAUUUGGAGAAAUAUGGCCCUUAUAUCGACAAGAUUCGAGCUCUUUUCGUGCCCAGCCUGGAAUAUAGAAUCCGCUCUUUGCUGCGAGAGUUCGUGUACAGUGCGGAUUCGCGAUCGGCCGAGCGGUUUCCGCGUUUCAAGAGAUUCGUCGACGCGAUAGCCACGUGGAAGGAUCCCCUGGACAAAGUCGUCGAAUACGACGUCAGUACGAUGGGAGAAGUGAUCGGGAGUAUCGCGAAUUGCGCUUUGAAAGACGAUCUGAUUAGCUGCUUGCUGGACUCCACCGUUCUGCAUCACAGACUAAGCAAGAUCUGUCGUGAGCUGGACGCCUUGGGGAUCGACGACAAUAUCUUGAGGAGCUUGAACGUGUGGAACUCGAUGAAUGAGAGAUUCUACCGGGCAAGUCACGAUCGUUUCAUGUACGUGAGUCGUUCUUUUCCACACGAAAUUUAACGCGUCGAACUAAACUACGUGACAAUAAAAUUGCGCUAAACU